UCCCUCCACCCCUUCUUCCAGUCUCUGUUCUAACUUGCUUUCCUUGUCAAGGAGCCUUCCACCCAAGUUCCACCCACUAAAUACUCGUUUACCCAUUUUUCGGGAUGAUUGACUUAGUCCCCUGUAGUCUUCUUGUAUGAAAUUUGGAAGAAAAUUCUCUAAAUGACAAUUUAUAUACAGAAUUAGAGGUCAGCUUUUGAUAACACAGUAAGAUCCUCAAUUCCUCUGUGUCUAUCUGGGUUAUCAAUGGCACCGCCAUCUUCUAUCCAAUUUGUUGAUGCUGUUCUUUCCUACAACAAUCAUUCUGCACUCUCCUACACAGACCCAGAUCAAAAGUUGCUCAUCCGUGACCACCUCCUCUCCUUACUACAAGAAUUCCCCUGUUUCAAGCCCUCAACAGAUACCUUUAUCCAUAAUGAUGGUACUACUGUCAAUCUUCUAAACGCCAGUGGCUCCCUCCAGGUUUCCCACUCUUCUCGGCCAGUUCCUCUCACCAUAUGGCUCCAUCAAAACUACCCCUUUUCAGCUCCAAUUGUAUUGCUGUCCUUGGAUCCAAGCAAUCCAAUUCUUCCUCACCACCCUUUUGUUGAUUCCUCUGGAACCAUCAUCUCCCCAUAUCUUGAGACAUGGUGCUACCCUCGCAGUAGUCUCUCUGAAUUCGCUCACAACCUCACCCUCCUCUUAUGCCGCCACUACCCUUUCUUCUCCCCAACAAGCUCCAUCUUCUCUAGUGGUACUCAUCCCUCCUUCAUGUCAAAAAUGGAGGCCCUCGACCGCCUUGUUGCAACCCUUCACCAGGACAUGGCAGCUUUACAGACUAGAAUGGAGGGGGAAAUAGAAGGACUAUCAGUGUUGCAAGUUGAGAUGGUCAAGCGGAGUGACACAACCACAUGUGUGCUACUGGGUCUUGAACAUGAAAGCAUGCGUUUGAAAACCAUUGUGAGGGAAACAACAGAGAAGGCUGACUUUCUAUUAAAUUGGUUGAGAGCUAAUGAUUUGAACUCUGUUCAUGAGGUGGAGGAGCCAUUUGAGGCUGCAGAUGAGAUGUCAAAACUAGUGCUUUGCCACUCCGCCGAAGACCUGUCCAUAGAUGAUGUGAUGUAUGCAUUGGAUAAGGCACUAGAGGAAGGGGUAGUUACAUUUAGAGAAUAUACUAAGCAGGUAAGGAACUUGGCAAGAGAGCAGUUCUUCCACAGGGCUAAGGUGAUCAAAAUUAAGGAACUCAGACAUUACACUUAGCAGAUUGAAUUGAGUCAUUUCUCAAAGACUCAAUGUACAGUUGUGAAUGACAAACUCAACUGGUUUUCUUCUUCCUUCUUCCCUAAAUGGCUUUGUGUUUUGACUCCAUGAGAAAAGUGAGUAUUGUUUUGUUACAAUAGACAUUUCCUCCCCUGUUUAUACUUGUAUUUUAUCACUCUUUUUUUUUUUUCAGUUAUUUUUGUUUCUAUUCAAAUGGGGGGAUAACAGAUUGCCUACCUA